UUAAAAAAGGAAAACUAGUGUUCAAAGCCCAAUUUGUGGCUUUUCUUUCACGUUUAUUGUUACCGUUCAUAACAUUUUCUUGUGAGAUCCAUGUCAGCAGAAAGUAACUACAAAGCCAACGUGGCAGAAGUAAGCAGUUUUUGGUCAAACCCAGUGGAUCACUUUCGGCCUAACCUAAAGGCUUUCACUGUAUACACCGACCGUAACGAAGUCAUAGAUAAGUGGCAUCGCUUUCUCCAGCGCCGGCUAGGUGCCUGGUACGUUCCGUGGUGGAGCCCACUCUAUCAACUCUUACUUUGGUAUCCACAGAGAAAUCGUAACCUGUUUCUUAUUGAAAAUAACCUGAAUUAUAAGCCCUACCGCUUCCGCCGCAAUGACGAAGACCGCAACAAUCCCUACUAAGCAAAUAUAGAGGUUGCAGAGACGAGUUUACCUUUUGAAUUUUUUUUACACUCUUCUGUGUGCGCAUGCGGUCUUGAGGUUCUGCAUCUUGGUGUAAUCCCAUAUUAAAUAACAUUUGAUGAGUUGCCGAACUCGUUGGUACAUUUCUAAUAUGGCUUGCUUCACUUUGAAGUAACGAUGAAAAAUGAGACUAGUUCAUUGUAGUAUAAUACCUUUAUCUUACUUUCCAUAUACACUUCCAAUACUAGUUAAUGUAAUCA